AUGGCCGACGGACACCCCCAUGGAGCCCCUCAGCUCUUGCAGAAACGCCUCAAGCCGGAGGACAACGGCGGAGAGGCGCAACCGAAGGAGGAGGCGACGGAGGAACCGUCUCUCCCUCUCCUCCCGCCGACGGUACAAGGUAGGUACGCCGUUUUCACCGCUUCCCCACCCAAAAAACCCACCCUCAUAAAAAGCAGCGUGCGAAGGCGGCGCUCGGCAGCUCGGGCGAAGCUCCGAAGAGAGGUGAAAAAUGAAAAAUUUGAGGCCACGACGUGUCGCGUUUGUCUCCGCAGAGGAAAUGCCGAUGGUCUUCACCGCCUACAGCGUGGCGGGCGCCCACCUGGGGGCGGCCUGGGGCCGGCGUCGCGGAGGAAGCGAGAGAAGGGAGGCGGCGGCAGCGGUCAGGAUGGCACCAGCCCGGCGCUCUACGUCGACCGCCGCAAGUCCAAAGUGUGGAAUUAUUACACCAAGUUGGGGGACGCCUACGUGGAGUGCAACAUCUGCAAGAAGCAGCUCUCCUUCCACAACAGCACCACCACCAUGCGGGAGCACCUGGUGAGGAAGCACGGCAUCCGCGACACCUUGCUCUCCCAACUCAAGGACGACCAGGUUUCCGAAUCCGACUACGCCGCGCCGGAAAACGCCGUCAAACGUUGCCGGCAGAUGACACCGGAGAGCGGCUUCUACCACGCCGCGUCCUGCUCGGAACCCAGGAGCGAGGUGAUCCUGGAGUUGGUGCUGGAGAUGAUCUUCCGCGACCUGCACCCUCUCUCCGUGGUGAAGGACAAAGGGUUCGGGCUCCUCCUGGGGUACCUGGAGCCCAAUUUCACCCUCCCGACGCCGGUCCAGCUCUCCGGCAUGCUGUGGCACCGGUACAACGUGGUCAAGCAACACCUGGAGCGGUACCUGCGGACGGCGCAGGCCAUCGUGCUCUGCGUGGAGUUCUGGGCGUCCCAGCUCAGCCAGACCUACCUCAGCAUCACGGCCAACUUCAUCGACGGGGAGUGGCGGCGAGCGCGGUGCGGCAUGGAGACGCAAGCGGAGGACGAUUUAGGGGAGAAGCUCUACGCCUCCCUCGCCGAAUUCGGCUUGUCCGGCAAAUCCGUCUUCUGCGUGAUGCACGACAGCCCGCAGAGCGCGGCGGCCACCGCGCCGCAGCUGAAGGCGGCGUACGGUUGGACCAGCCUGUGCUGCGCCGCUCGCACCCUUCACCUCUGCAUCAAAGCGGGGCUGGAAGUCCAACAGGUAGAAGAAGCCCUCAGCAUCGCCCGGGGCAUCGUCAGGUACUUCCAGCAGGACGCCAAAGCCACCUGCUCCUUGAACAGCAAACUGGAAGCCAUCAAUAAGACCAAGCUGAAGCUGGUGAUGGACGUGGGGUCGCGCUGGAUCACCACCAUCGAGAUGUGCGAGACUCUCUUAGACCUCAAGUGGGCCAUCAUGUCGGUGCUGGAGGAACACCCCAAAGGCGCGGCGGCUGGCCAGAACUUGGCCGACCACCAGUGGAAGCUGCUGCAGGACCUGCUCCCCGUCAUGAGGACCAUCAAGAUCGCCACCUCCUUCCUGCGGGAGGAGCAGAACGCCUCCGUGUCUUCCCUCAUGCCUUGCGUCCACGGCAUCGUGGCCGCCAUCGGCCAGCAGGGGGGAGAGGGCCGGGCCGCGCCCACGGUCGUCGGCAACAUCAGGUCAGAGCUGAGGCAGCGCUGGGGGUUGGCGGAGGACGAGAAGGUGCUCGAAAGCCCGGCAGUUAUCGCCUCGUUUUUGGACCCGCGCUUCAAGGAGAUGCGGUUUCUCAGCCCCAGCCUGAGGAGCGAGCUGCACCAGCGAGUGAAAACCAUGCUGUCGCAGGCGUGCAACCACCACUCCCCGUCCGGCACCCAGUUUGGGGUGCCCAACUCGGAUCCCAAAGCCGGGGGCGGAGAUGCCGGCAGCCAGCUGCCUGCUCACAAGGACCGCUGCUCCAGCGCUCCGUCCCAGAGCAUCUACGACAUCCUUUUGGGGAAGGACCCGACGGAGAGCAUGCCCGAGAUCCACCAGCAACUGGAAAACUACAUCGUGGAGCCCCUCUGCAAGCGCAGCACCAACCCCCUGCACUGGUGGAAGAACAACGAGCAUCGCUUCCCGGCCGUGGCGCGGCUGAGCCGGCAGUACCUCGCCAUCCCCGCCACCGCCCUCCUGCCCGAACAGGCCUUCGCCACCGGCCAAAGCGCCCUGGAGCAUCGGCGCGCCGUCCUGGCGCCGGAGAACCUGCGUCUCUGCCGGUAUCCCCGGCUGGGUGGGACCUCGGUGGUUAAACAAGACCGAUUGUUCGGGAUUAAAAUAGGAGAAUUAAUGGCGCGACGGCUUAAAAAUCAGGUCGGAUUGAAGCUCGAGUGGCUCUGCGUGGCACGAGCGACGGCAGCGCGGGAGCCCUCGGGCCGCAAACUGAAAAAAGGAAUUUAG